GCAAAAACCAAUAAAAUAUUAUUUUGGGUCGGAUGAUUUCUUUGUAUUCUGUUCUAGGUAGUGGCACUAGUGGGUGCGUGAAUCUCAGGAUUUUGCUUUUGUCUUCUUCUUUGAGGUAGGCCGGAAGAUGAUGAAGCCGGUGACGCCCGACCGCGACGGUGACGGUGAAGUGGAGCUCUCGCCGUUGUUGCAGCAGAGCAAUGGCCACGAGGAGUUCUCACAGUCGCCGCAUCAGUGCAAUGGGGAUCUCUCCUGGCGGUUGAACUUCAAUGGAUUCCAGUUAUCGCCGGAGCACACAGAGGAGAAGCCUCCUCGCGGUCUUCAUGACUGCCUUGGAGUUUUAGGCCCUGAAGAUAAUGUGGCUGAAUACUAUCAGCAGCAGGUAGAAGUGCUUGAGGGUUUUAUUGAAAUGGAUGCCUUGGCUGAUCGUGGUUUUAUUCCUGGAAUGUCAAAGGAAGAGCAGGAAAAGUUGGCUAAAAGUGAGACAUUCGCAAUUAGGAUUUCCAAUGUUGCAAACAUGGCUCUUUUUGCCGCUAAAGUUUAUGCAUCCAUCAGAAGUGGCUCUUUAGCGAUAAUUGCAUCUACUUUAGACUCUCUUCUUGAUCUUCUCUCGGGCUUCAUCCUCUGGUUUACUGCAUUCACCAUGCAAAUGCCAAAUCCAUAUCGGUACCCUAUUGGGAAGAAAAGAAUGCAACCGUUGGGAAUCCUUGUUUUUGCCUCUGUCAUGGCAACUCUUGGACUACAGAUAAUUUUGGAGUCAGUGCAGACAAUGAUAUCUGAUGAGAUUGAAUUCAACCUGACUAAAGAGCAAGAGAGAUGGGUUGUUGGUAUAAUGCUUUCAGUGACAGUGGUGAAACUCUUCUUGAUGCUUUAUUGCCGCUCAUUUACUAAUGAGAUCAUUAAAGCUUAUGCCCAGGAUCAUUUUUUUGAUGUAAUCACCAAUGUCAUUGGCCUUGUUGCUGCAUUGCUUGCUAAUUACAUUGAUGAUUGGAUGGACCCUGUUGGAGCUAUCAUUCUCGCCUUGUACACCAUCCGCACGUGGUCAAUGACAGUGUUGGAAAAUGUGAACUCGCUGGUAGGAAGAUCAGCUACUCCGGAAUAUCUUCAGAAACUCACCUACCUAUGCUGGAACCACCACGAGGCCAUAAGACAUAUUGAUACAGUCCGUGCUUACACCUUUGGGUCUCACUACUUUGUGGAGGUUGACAUCGUACUCCCAGCAGCCAUGCCCUUGCAAGAGGCCCACGACAUUGGAGAAUCCCUGCAAGAGAAGCUUGAGCUGCUGCCUGAGAUCGAGCGAGCCUUUGUUCACCUUGAUUAUGAAUACACCCACAAACCUGAACAUGGACAGUCUUAGGAAGCAUGAUAGGGAGGAGAAUCUGCUGAUCAAUCUGCUAUUCAAUUUGGUUGCUGUUCUUUUUGUUCCCACCAACAAAUCCUGCUCGACUUCCCCAAACUCAAAUCAUGUAGAAAACUUUUAGCUGAAAGUCACCUGAUAGAUAAAGUUUUUCAACUCGUGGAUAUCAUACUUUGUUGAUUGCAGAAAUGCCAAAACUGGAAAUCCAAUUAUUUGAAGUAACUGUGUUGAUUCAUCAGAUAAAUUAACAGGAAAGGAAGGUUUUUGGCCGCAUGCUUGAUACAAACGGGUGUGAGAAAUAUAAUGUAAUCAAGGACUGAAGACGAUAGCGUACAUUGAUGGGAUUUGUACUGUAAUACCAGACCUUGUAUUAAUUCAAUUACUUGUGUGAGCAAUUGUUUCCUGUAGCAGUCUCCUUUUUCAUAAUUUUGAUUGUGCUGGAGCAAAUUGAACCUUGUCACGCACUAAACUAUGACUGCUUAA